AGGCAGAGGAUACCAUCAUGGAGAUUUCAUCAAAAGAACACACUCACUUUUUCUCUAACAACACAGUCGUGCCUGUGGACCGAUCUUCAUUCAAAUCCGAAUCAUCCGCGUCCAAGGAAAAGCAGUCGUGUUGUGGAGGUAUAAAGAUAUUUCUUGGUGCACUGUCUUUUGUUUAUUUUGCUAAAGCACUCUCAGGAAGUUAUCUAAAAAGUACUAUCACACAAAUAGAAAGAAGAUUUGACAUCCCUUCCUCUUUGGUUGGUGUUAUUGAUGGAAGUUUUGAAAUUGGCAACCUCCUAAUCAUAAUUCUAGUGAGCUACUUUGGGGCAAAGCUUCACAGGCCAAGGAUAAUUGGAGCAGGCUGCUUAAUUAUGUCAGCUGGAACAUUCCUGAUCGCAAUGCCCCAGUUCUUCAUGGGACGAUACAGGUAUGAAAGGUUCCCUUCCACCAUCAAUGCCACUGUUAGCCUCUCUCCAUGUCUGCAGGAUAAAAGCCAAACUCCACUCUCAGCCUUGGAGAAAUCUCAAGCAAAAAUGAAUACAGGGUGUGAAAAGGAAGCAGGCUCUUCCAUGUGGAUCUACGUUUUACUCGGAAAUCUUUUGCGUGGAAUAGGUGAAACCCCUAUCCAGCCCCUGGGCAUUACAUACAUCGAUGAUUAUGCUGUUGAAGAGAAUGCUGCCUUGUAUAUUGGCUGUGUACAGACAGUCGCCAUCAUAGGGCCAAUAUUUGGCUUUCUCCUGGGAUCCCUGUGUGCCAAACUUUACGUUGACAUUGGCUUUGUAGAUCUGGACAGCGUUGCGAUAAGCCCCAAGGACGUGCAGUGGGUGGGAGCGUGGUGGCUGGGCUACCUGAUAGCUGGGGUGAUCAGUGUCCUGGCUGGCAUCCCCUUCUGGUUCCUGCCCAAGCACCUCCCAAAACCCGACAGCAGGAAGGACUCCAGCACCUCUUCUGAGCACUCCAAGUUCAUCGCUGAGGAGAACAAGGACCAACGCACGUCCUAUUGGCAGCAAACGAGGCUUGCAGAGAUGGCAAAAGACUUCUUCCCAUCACUGAAGAACCUCUUUGGGAAUCCAGUUUACAUUCUGUAUUUGUGUGCAAGUAUCAUUCAGUUCAAUUCUUUAAUUGGCAUGGUGACAUACAAGCCAAAGUAUAUUGAACAACAGUAUGGGCAGACAUCUUCAAAGACCAACUUUGUUAUAGGUCUUAUUAACAUUCCUGCUGUGGCCUUUGGCAUAUUCUCUGGAGGACUGAUCAUGAAAAAAUUCGGGAUCGGUGUUUUGGGGGCUGCAAAGCUUUCCUUGGGAUCAUCUUUCUUUGGUUACCUUUUGCUCCUCUCGUUGUUUGCGAUGGGCUGUGAGAACUCGGACGUGGCCGGGCUGACCGUGCCGUACCACGGAACUAAACCGGUGACUGAUUAUGAGGAGGCCCUGUUUUCAGAGUGCAACUCGGGCUGUUCGUGUUCCCAGGACAACUGGGACCCCAUCUGUGGGGAGAAUGGAGUCACCUACGUGUCCGCCUGCCUCGCCGGCUGCCGGGCGUCCAACGGCAGCGGGAAAAACACCGUGUUUUUUAACUGCAGCUGCGUGGGAACCUUUGAUUCUUCACAAAGCUCCUCAGCUGUGAUGGGACCAUGUCAAAAAGGAAAUGAGUGUCCCAAAAUGUUUCUGUAUUUUCUAGUAAUAUCAGUUAUCACUUCAUACACUUUGUCAGUAGGUGGCACACCCGGAUACAUACUGCUUCUAAGAUGCAUCAAGCCCCACUUGAAAUCAUUUGCACUUGGUAUCUAUACUCUGGCAAUAAGAGUACUUGCGGGGAUUCCAGCCCCAGUGUAUUUUGGAGUAGCCAUAGAUACCACUUGCCUGAAAUGGGGAAGCAAAAGAUGUGGGGGAAGAGGAGCUUGCAGACUCUAUGACUCCAGUGCACUCAGGUAUGUGUACCUGGGGCUGACUCUGGUCUUGGGCACGGUGUCCAUUUUCUUCAGUGUUGCUGUCCUUUGGGUUCUCCGAAAAAGGUCUUCUCCACAAGAUGAGACCCUCUCAGCCAACGGGGAGAGAGGCGCCUGUGGGACAAAGAGCAGAAAAGAUAAUUUUAUCAAUAGUGACCAGUUAAUUCAGUCAACUUACUGGCCAGAAAAGGAGACCAGGCUUUAGGAAAACUGAGAUCUCCACCGUGAUUUUACCCAGUGAGCGGUGUUGCGGGCAAAAAUCCAUCGUCAGUGAAGCAGCAUCUUAGUAGCCACCCUGAAAAUGUUCACCUUCUUCCAAUUCUCACUGUAAACCCCCAAAGUGAAGACCACUGAUUUUUAGCAUGUGAACAGCUCUGAAAACACUACUCACCAUUUUUUUUCUGCAGAGUGAGGGGAUUUCCUGUGGUGGGGAGGUGCAGUUGUGCCCUCACCGAGACAGAGUUUUUGAGGCUGCCCCUCAGCUCCCUCCCUCCCGAUGAAGCUGCAAGAGCUGCUGCUGCCCCUCGGUCUCUUCCUGGGUGUGAGGGGUAGGGGGGAGGCUGCAGGCAGCUACUGAUGCCUUGGGAGGGCUGGCCUGGAACGGAGACUGGACAGAGAUAGAGAAUAAAGCAGGGAUUUAUUGAAAGACCUCGGAGAUACACCUUGGGCAGGACAAGAGCCAGGCCAGAGCUACACCCAAUGUGGACCCAAAAUGGUCACAAAAUGGAUCAUUGGUCAUGAAGCCUUACAUUUUUAUAAGUUUUGGUCCAUUUUUGUAUUGGGGUUUAAGUGUCCAAUUACAGGUUCAGGUUGUGAGGUCCCAUCCUUCUUGUUCCUCCCUCCAUCCCACCCUUGUCUGUGCUUUUGGGCCUGAAAGUUCUCCUUGGUGUGCAGCAGGAAAGGAUUUGUUUUGUGUCCCCACUCUCUGAAAAGAGCUUACCAACACUUAAUAUGAGGCUCAGAUCUGCACCCCUGGGCAGCACAGGAUCUGAAAAAACAUGAAAGCCAAAACUUGAGGCAUCACUUGCUCUGCCACGGGACCAGCCAAGAGGAACUGGGGCACAAAACCUGACCUGGCAGCCUGGAAGGAUCCUGGAGGGAUCUCCAGCACGUGGCCCAUCCUUGCCAACAGCAAGGCACGGGGUAGGAGGAAGGAGGUUUGCUGGGAGGAAAAAUCAGCCACAGGCUCUGGGCACCCCAGGAGUUCAAUCUACAACACUUAGGAUAUUGAGUGUUGUGGUUAGGAAUCUUUUUUCCAAGUAGCAUCCGUUUUGUUAUAGUACAACAAUCAAUACUACCACAAGAGUACCAUCCAAAGGAAACUGGAAUGAACAUAGAGCUUUUUUAGAUGCUACUUGCUAGUACUCAGUGUACUAAAUAAUUCCAUGCACUUUAUGAUGUAAUAACAAGAUUAUACAAGAUAUAUAUGAUUUAUAUUUAAAAAAGCUAUGGCAAGACAG